GCCCGACCUUCCGCCCGGGAGCCAUGGCGCCCGUUGUCGCUCUGGCCCGCGCGGGCGAGCCCCUGGAGGCCGCCGUCGCCGCCGGCCGCGACGCCGGGCCCCCGAAGCGGCCGCCCGCGGGCGCGCCCGGGCCCGCGCCGCGCCCGGCGCGGGGCGAGCCCGAGCCGGAGAGCCCGGGCGAGAGCCUGCGGGAGCCGGAGUCCGACCCGGGAGCGCGGGCGCAGGGCCGCCGCGCGCGGGGCCGCGGCAGGAGACCGUCACCACGCCCGAACCGUCUUCGACUGGGACGACACGCUGCUGUGCAGCAGCUUCCUGCGGGCACACGUCCGGGACGAGGACAAGGGCCUGCCGAAGAGCGCGCGGCCGCACUUCCGGAGCAUCGAGGCCACCGCCGUGCGGCUGCUGGGGCUCGCCGCCCAGAGGGGCCACUGCAUCAUCGUCACCAACGCCGUCGAGGGCUGGGUGGAGCACAGCGCCGCCAAGUACGUCCCCGGCCUCUGCGAGGCGCUGGGCGCGGUGCGAAUCGUGUCCGCCCGCAGCGCGCACGGCGAGCAGAUGCCCGGCCAAGAGAGGCAGUGGAAGGCCGAGGCCUUCCGGGCCGUGUGCAGGCAGUUUGCGGGCGAGGGGAGGCGGCUAAACCUGACCGUCAUCGGCGACUCCGAGAUGGAGAUGGGCGCCGCCAGGGCCAUCCGCCAGGAGUUCGAGCACGUGCUGGUGAAGACCGUCAAGCUGCAGGAGCUGCCCUCCCCCGAGGACCUCUCCAAGGAGCUGGCGGUCGUGUCGCAGAAAGGAGAUCCUGGCAUCGCCCCGCGAGCUGUCGAUCAGCCUCGCCAGGAGGUGGUCCGGCAGGGCCGCGUACCGCCGCCAGAGGCCCACAGGGGGCUCCGCCUGUCUGCCGCGCCGGAGAGGCCGACGCCCUCGGGAGGCGGCGGGGCCGAGGGGGCGGCCGUGCAGCUUUCCGCGGGGCCGACCGCCGCGGCCGUCCCGGGCGGCACUGCCCGCGGGCCUUCGUGGUGGCGGGAAAUCUGUCCAUCAUUCACAAUAUAGCGAAAGAGAGUUGCCAAUUCAUUUCAACAUGGGCAAAUCCUGUAGGAGGA